AUGGGUGCAUCUUUACACUUAAUGCUAGAUGUCCUUGGAUAUGUCUUAAAGCAAACUAAUUCUGCUCAAUAGUUUUGCAACACAUAAAGGAUAUGGAAAAGUACUAUAUAUUGAAAAUCUAAGAAGGAACUGUAUAAAGGGAAGAGGCUAAAACAUGACAGGGACAAAGAGAAAAAAGGAAAAUGCCAUAUGGAGGAAGAUCCAUGCCCUUCGCUAUGAAGACUUCAAACUGUGGUGUGUAAGGAGGCUUCCUAUUUUGGACUGGGCACCAAACUACAACUGGAGAUCAGACCUGAUGCCUGAUACAGUUUCUGGGAUGAUGCUGGCAAUUCAACAGGUGACACAAGGACUUGCUUUUGCUGUUCUGUCUUCAGUGCAUCCUGUGUUUGGUUUAUAUGGAUCUCUCUUUCCUGCUAUUAUUUAUGCCAUAUUUGGGAUGGGCCGCCAUGUUGCCACAGGAACAUUUGCUUUGACUUCCUUGAUUUCUGCAAAUGCUGUUGAGCGCCUUGUUCCUCCUGCGAGCAGCAAUUUCACAGCAGACAAUAGUUCUUUUAUCUUGGGCUUAUCCGAAUUUGAGAUGCAGAGGAUUGGAGUUGCGGCAGCAGUUUCAUUAUUAGGAGGGCUCAUUCAAGUAGCAAUGUUUGUGCUGCACUUGGGCAGUGCCACCUUCUUGCUGACGGAGCCAGUGAUAAGUGCAAUGACAACAGGAGCAGCUACCCAUGUUGUGACCUCACAAGUGAAGUACCUCUUGGGAAUGAAAAUGCCAUAUAUCUCAGGACCCCUGGGAUUCUUUUAUAUUUAUGCCUAUAUCUUUGAAAACAUCAAAUCCAUUCAGUUGGAAGCACUACUCCUCUCUGUACUCAGCAUUGUGAUUCUCGUAGUGGUUAAAGAACUAAAUGAAAAAUUUAAAAAGAAGAUUAAAGUAGUUAUUCCCAUCGAUUUGGUUUUGAUCAUUGCUACCUCUGCUGCCUGUUAUUCUGCUGACAUGGAGCACAGCUAUGGCCUGGAAGUCGUGGGACAUAUUCCAAAAGGUAUACCUCCACCAAGGCCUCCCCCUAUGAAUAUCCUCCCUGAAGUCAUUACAGAAGCAUUUGGAGUGGCAUUAGUUGGUUAUGUAGCAUCACUAGCCCUCGCACAGGCCUCUGCUAAAAGGUUCAACUAUUCUGUGGAUGAUAACCAGGAGUUCUUGGCUCAUGGCCUCAGCAAUGUGAUCCCUUCAUUUUUCUUUUGCAUACCGAGUGCAGCAGCCAUGGGUCGUACUGCACUUCUGUACAGCACUGGAGCAAAAACUCAGGUGGCUUCUCUAAUAUCUUGCAUAUUGGUACUUGUGGUCAUCUAUGCAGUGGGACCAAUCUUAUACUGGCUGCCCAUGUGCGUUCUAGCAAGUAUCAUUGUGGUGGGUCUGAAGGGCAUGUUGGUGCAGUUCCGUGACUUAAAAAGGUAUUGGACUCUGGAUAAAGUAGAUUGGAGUAUAUGGGUCAGCACCUAUGUGUUUACAAUUUGCUUUGCUGCUAAUGUGGGACUGCUGUAUGGUGUUGUCUGCACAAUUGUUAUUGUGGUUUUCCGCUUUCCAAGAGCAAUGACACUGAGCCUGAAACAUAUGAAAGAAGUGGAAUGCAGAUUCAAAACAGAAGCAGAUUCUGAAUCUUUACAACAGGUGAAAAUAGUGUCAGUGAAUAACCCACUAGUCUUUCUGAAUGCAAAGAAGUUUCACAUGGAUAUAUUAAAAAUAAUACAGAAGGAGAACAUGUGUGCACAGCAGCAACCAGAAGAUGUGAACAAGUGUGAACAGAACACAUUACUCAAUUCAUUAUCCAAUGGAAACUGUCAUGGAGAUUUGUCAUUACAACAGCGGCCCAGUGAAAGGCAUACCCUCAUAUUCGACUGCAGUGGUUUGACCUUCUAUGACUACACUGGCAUCUCUGUGCUUACUCAGAUCUAUGCAGAGUCUGAAAGAAGGAAUAUUGAUAUUCUGCUGGCAAAUUGCAAAGCUUCUUUGAUGAAGUCAUUGAAGCUCAGUGGAAAGCUAGAAUCUGAGAACACUGUCUUCUUUGAGUCGGUUUCUUCAGCUGUGAGUGCUCUUCAGUUUAACAGGAAUUUCUGCAAACUUAAUGAGCACACGGAGGUCUGAUGCCAGCUGAGAAUAUAUAUAUAUAGAUAUAUAUAGAUAUAUAUAUGGAGCAUCCAACCUACAGAAGGAACCAUACCAAAGUAUUUCUUCAGAUCUUUAACGUGGGAUUUAGUUGGUGAUACUUUUUAUGCCAAGUAUAUUUAAAAAUAAAAAACACCAGCAACAGUGUUUACUGUCUGUUGUUCCUGAAAACCUUUCUCUUCCCCCAUCCCUCCCUCCAUUCCUUCCUCGCAGAAUUACCACAAAUGACAGUUUUUUUUCUUAAUAACCUGCAUUGUUUUUUGAUUGUUACAUAUUUUUGUAUGCAUUUAGUUUUAAAAUGAAAAAGAAUAGAAAGCCAUUUAGGAAAUUACAGUAUUGUAUAUUGUUUUAGCUCUGUCUUACUUUAACUUAAUUGUAUCAUUUUGUUCACAAGAGAAAUACAGCAUUAUUGAAUUUUGUAGUGCAAUUGAUGUUAUCUGGUCUAAGCUCUGUAAUUUGUUACAAGCAACUAGGAACUGUGAUAUAAGAUUUCCCUCCUGCUCCUGCCCCAAAAUCGGGACAUAAACAAGAGCAAUAAUUUCAUGUCCCUUACCUGCUCUGUGUACUGCACUGUCUUACAAAUCUCAUGAGUUUAAAGAGUUGUUUCCAGUAAUAACCAAUGCCAAAUCUUGCUGCCUUCACUGUGGAAAAAGGGUUAAUUUUUUCUUGCUAACAUUCCUAGGUCUGACUGGCACUGAAGUGAAUGAAAACGGAGAUAGUUCCACUGAAUUAAGCAGAAUGGUGCUAAUUUAUAAUGGUUGGAAGGUCUUGUAACUGAAGCUUAUUUUGUAACAUUUUUGAAAGGGAAGGGGUCUGUAUUUGCAUGUUAAUGCAUUUGCUCAGGUUUUAUUGGGCAGCUGCAGAACUAAGUGUUCAGACACAUUUUGCAUACAUGGAGAGGUUUGCAUGUAAUGUGAAACCAAUAAUACAACAUUGUGUGAAUGCACUUUGGGCUUAGAAUGCACUUUAGGCAUGUCCUCCACACUUUCCUGCUCCACCACAGUUCUGAGGAGCACAUCAGAAGCAAACUGUGGUGAAUUAAAACUGUUUUUCUAACAAAGAACAAGAUAAAACUAGUUUCCAGGCAUGGCUUGUUCAGUUAAACCAUAGUUGAAAUUAGCCAUAGUUUCUGGCUCAAACAAAACAACAAAGCAUGAUUUCUUUAAAACAGGUUAAACACUUCCAUUCUCCUUCUCAUGGCUAUGUACCUAUCUUUUUUUCUAAAGGUAAUGGGUUGAAACUAAACUGCAUAUUGUUUUUGCCUCCCACAAAAUAAUUUUGGAUAUGUAUGCUUUGUCCUGUUUUGAUUUUCCCUGAUUGACUGCAAUGCCCUACCUGACUAAUGAAAGAAAGAAGAAGCAACAAGAACAACAGUGAUGCCAAAGAGACUGCAGGUGCCUUGCAAUGUGUUAUUAUGAGGAUAUUUUUAAACCUAUCCCAAAUCAUGAAUUUCAGUCUAAAAAUCUGUGGUGACAAAUAUGAGGCACAGCAAAGAUGCAUACAAAAUGUAUAAUCUCUAGCUUGGAAUUAGUCUAGUUCCAAGUCUGACUUGGGCAGCAAAAUGAAUGUUCAUGAUGUUGUAUCUGGUGAUAGUUUUGAGGUGGCAGAAGCACUUCUGCUUCCACAACACAAGGCACCUUAUUUUUGCCACUCCUCCCAUUUGCUACAGCCCUUUAUGCCACAUUGCAUGUCAUUUCGGAUAGUCCCCGACACCUGGGGACAGAUUUUUGGAGUGGGCAAAGGGCCCUGCCAUUGAUAACAGGCAUUAGCAAAAACUGGAUGUUCUGUCUUGCACAAGUAGAAGUGCUUUCUGUAGCACAAUGUCACCAAGUAGGUACAGCUCAGUGUUGCUAGUGAACUUUAAGCACUGCAGUGUUAAGCACCCUUCCUGAACCCAAGACCAACUAAAAGCAGUGGAACUUUCUGCUGAGUAACCUGCAUACAUCUGGGUUAAAAGGAAGGCAAAUUGGGUGCUGCUGGUAAGAAGAGAGACUGGCACCUUAACAUUCUGCAAAUGUGCAUGGUUUUCACAUCUGUUUUCACCAGUGCAGUAUUGCAGCCUCUGCAGCAGGAAAUUUAGCAAUGGUGUGUACCCACAGAUUUGGGUCUGUGACAAGCCUUUUAGCACUGAUGUACCAGCAGUACAAAUUUUAGGAUCUGGUUUUUAGCUACUGAUUUAUUUGAGUGGUUUUUUGAUGAUAAUUUUCUUUCCCUGCCAUCACCAAGGGGAAAAAAACAUGACAAUUUUUGACUAGUAAUGUUUUGUACAUCUUCAGUUUGACGAAAGCAUUACCAAAGCAGAGGAAUUUCAAAGAUUUCAUUUUUUCAACAUUACACUAAACCAACACAGAAAAAAACCCCAUUGCUAUUUAAAAUGUUUCUUACCAGCAUGGUAGAAUUUAUCCAGCUAAUUGUGCACAAAAAGGAUAUUAAGAAAUGUAUUGCAGCCUUAGAAUAACAACUAUCUGAUCACAUAGUUACUUCCAUUACUAAUAAAGAGAGUGUUUCUUUGUUUGAAACAUUGAAUUGGAGCACCAAGAGAUUCAUGGAGAGUAAAUUGCAUUGCAUCGAUAGAAGAUAUAUCAAAAGAACAAUGUAUGAAAUUUUGGGUAGACAAUUCAACUUUUUGCAUGUUGGCAUUGCUAGUUUGGGACACUUAUCCAUAGAAGUGAUUAUCUAGUUUCUGUCAAACUGAUCCAAACCACUGCAGCCCGUCUCAUUAUCCACAAUUGUACAUCAUGUUCCCAAUCUGAAAGGACAGAGUAGUACAUAUCUGAAUAAAUCUUGCACAUCACGUUUCAUAAUUUGCUUCACUGAGCAUCAUCUGCAUUCAAAAGUAGUAUGAAUGAAUGCAGAGCUGAACCAUUCCUACACAGGGGUUGAGCCAUUAUUAGCAGCAUAAAUUAGCAGUACAAAAGGAGUAUAAAUUAACACAAAUCUGAACCAAUGCAACUUGUUUGCUAAUGAUUUCUGGUUGGUAGGGAGAAAAAAAAGUGCAGGAUCUCAGCUGUCAGAAUCUUUCUCAUUUGUAUGAAGGAAGGUGUGGAAUAGGAGUGAAUGGGCUCCAGACAAGGAACUCUGGUUUAUCAUUAUGUGUGAAUGCGGCCACUGCACAUGGCUUAGCGUACAUCAUCACUGUCCUGAGGAGCACCAGCAUGGCAUAAUGGCUAAAGUGUUAGACUGGGACCCUGGAGAUCCCGGUUCUAUUUUACACUUGUCAUGAAGCUUUCUGAGUAACUUUGGUCCAGUCACCAAUUCACAGUCAAAGCUACCUUACAGGGUUGUUGUGAAGAUAAAAUGUACAAUAGAUGUGCAGUGGACAUUUGUCUGCAGCAGCUAAUGUGCACUUUGUUUCUGGGCUGGAUAUAUAUGGCAUCUCUAUCAAACAGCUGCAGUCAUCGUUCAUGCAAAAUUUGCAGCUCCAGAAGAAUCAUAUUAGCAAUUUCCUUACAUAGUUAAAAAUUAAGUGCAAACUUUGCUGUUAUUCUCCAUCGAAAAAGGAAUGAAAUGUGUCCAUAGCAAGCUUUCUUCUCAUUUGCUGCUUUUGAAAACAGCAGCAAUCCCUAAAAACCAUGAAUGGAUGGCAAGCCCAAGUUAAAGCUGUAUGGUUCAGAAAGUUUUGUACAUACAAUGCCAUGUUAGUUUGAUCACUCUGCAAUGUGCAGCCCUGCCAUUUUCUGCUGCUAGUGCUUCCUGUGGUUGUGAUUUGUUUAUAGGCAAAGAAUGCAGGAGAUUUGUGCUCUGCCCAGAGAACUCCAAGCAAUCACACUUAAAUGUCUCCCGUUAUGUUGGAUUAUGUUGGUUGUUUACAACAAUGUCUGCAGAACAUUGGGUUCAUUUUCUAAAUUGGCUGAACUUGAAAACAAUAGGUUUGAGGGGGGUCGGUUGAAUUAUAGAUGACUAUAAGUUGGAAAAAGAAAAAGGAGAGCUGCUGGAUCUCAAUCUCUCACAGCCUUGUGCUUAAACACUUGAAGAGGGGAGGGCGUAUUAAUUGGAGUGGAAGUGAGGGGAGGGGGCCUGUGAAGGCAGGAAGGCCAGAAUCAAGCUCCCGUCUCUGGAACCACCCCGCAGCCGUGGAGUGUAGGAUAGUGGAGGCAGGGCCAGUGGUAACCCAGGACUGAUUAGCCAGGAUGCUGAGGUCACCUGCCCCCCACCCCAUGCACAAGCUGCCCUGUUCCCUUUAAGCUCAGCUGCAAUCCUCAAAGUAGCUGGGAGUAUGCUUGAAAAAUAUGCAGGGCUUUCUGCAAAAGAGGACAUAUGGCUCCCCUGUGCUUUGGCCCCUAUCCAAUUACUGGCUUGUCAUGGCUGCUUUGAAAAUCAAGGACAUGGGCUAUUUAAACUGUGGAUCUCUCAAGUUUCAUUUUAGUUUGGCCUUAAGCUAACAGGCAUCACCACUUCUGCUGGAAAUGUGCUUUAUUCAUCACUGUUCCUGCUCUAUAGUCUUUUAAAAGAUGUAUGAGCACUGAUGGAUGGAUCUUACAGAGAGGGCUCAUCCACACAGCAUCUGGCCAGGAAGCAGCUGCAGCUCUCAUCUGAAAGUGCAAGUAUUUAUUUUUGUGGUGGCAGUUGGUACUUAUUCCUGUGUACCAGGCUGUUGUGCUACAACAGGGCCCAAGCUAUUGGUAGGAGCCUGCAAUUGAUCUCACUGGCCUGAUUUCUCAGAAGAAAAUGGCUCACUCAUGUUGUCUUUGGCCUCUGUAGAGGAGCCCAUAAAUCAGGCAUGCAGACAUCACAAGUUGCAUCGUUGUCCUUCAUGAGCUAUAUGAAAUGGGACAGUCUUGGGUCCAUGGUUUUGAGGCUUUUGGAUAGGUGUCCUCAAUGGGCUUUCUCCUUUAGAGAGUCUACCUGCUCAGCACUGUUGUCUCCAGCUGUAGCUCUUCUCUCUUGCCAUUUGUUCGCUAGACUAGCAGAGAGUCAGUGAGCAAGCAGGCAGUGGCAUCCAGCCUUCCUCCUCCUCUCCACCACUGCUGCCUGGGCCAGAGCAAGAAGCAGGUGAACAAGACGGCUACAGCAGUGAAGAAGAGGAGAAGCUCCAAGGAGCUCUUCUUGGAAGACCCUUGGCAGGUGGCUGGUUGUACAUAAUUUUGAUUCUAACCCUGGAGUGAGAUCGGCAUGGACAACUCGUGCCUAAUGAGCCAGAACAAGGACCAUCAAUUCCAACAUAGCUAAAAGGCUACAAAUUAAGUAUGGAGGAAUAAUCAGCAACAACUCAAUCCAGUGUUUGAAAACUUAGCGAAAAUCAUAAGCAGACAUAUGUAUUAUGGGAAACCUGUUAAGAUAAUUGUUAUGUAAAAUAUAUGUCCCUAAUGUUCAUCCUGUGCCUUUCCUUUUGAAGGUUAUUUCCCCCUAAAUCCUUGUCUUAAAUGUUGCCAGGUCUGGCUUGAGUUGCCUUGUUAUAAUUUAUUGGAGACUGAGAUGAUGCUGGAUGGUAUAAAUCUACCAUGUAAGAAGCCUUCUUUGAUUCAUGAAAAUCUUAAUGGGCUCAAAAGCAUUUGUGGAUAUUGUGUGACAUUUACCAGCUAGCAAAAUACAUUAAUUAGUUGUUUUGAAAACCUCACAUUCUCCAAGAUGGAAAUAUCCCUCUAUCUACCUUCCCACAUCCUGAAUGUAUUUCUCAUAAAUAAAUGCAGUUUCAGGCUUGAUGCUAGAUGGUGCUUUCAUUCCAUGGAUAGAUUUUAGCAAGGAUCAGGCAAUCUGCUCAUUUAUGCAUGUUUAACAAUGCAUUUCAUUUGUUCUGUCUUUGUUUUCCAUUUGUAAUUAGCAUAUGUAACAAUAAAUUUAUAUGGAAAUAAAUUGUAACAUGGGAUAACUUCCAUGUUGAAGGAA